UGGCCCAGUGACGUCAGGAGGUCUGUUUCCUAUGGAGUUUUAGCCGCUCCCCUUCACGCUGUACCCUUACGAAAUUUACGUUGCGGGGAGCGUACACCGGAGGCCGUAGGUAGCGCGAUGUGUGGAGGCUGCGUGCAGCAGGAGUACCCAGACCGGGGUCACACGUGUCUGGAGACCGGAUCCUUUCUAAUGAAUUAUGUAAGUUGUGCAAAGUGCAAUACACGAGACUUUGUGCUCAUCGCCAAUAAGACAGCGGAUGAAGAGGACGGGGAAGAGAUUAUUACCUAUGAUCAUAUGUGCAAAAAUUGUCACCAUGUAAUUGCAAAGCACGAGUAUACCUUCAGUGUGGUGGAUGAAUAUCAGGAGUACAGCAUGCUCUGCAUGCUGUGUGGGAGAGCAGAGGACUCUGUCAGUGUCCUGCCCGAUGACCCGCGACAGAUGGCGCCACUCUUCUAGAGAUAAUUUAUCUGCAGAGUAUUAUAUUUUCUACACGUUUUAUGUUUUUGCUCUAAUUGUAUUAAAUAUCAAUAAAGAAUGUGAAUAGUGCUUGACGAAACCACUGCACCCUGCUAUACUACCAUAUUAUUCUGCCGUAUGUAUAUUUAUUGUGGAGCCCUGCACUCGUUGCCAGCUGGGGGGCCCAACAGUGGCCCCGGGUCUGCUGUCUAAGCACACCUAUUAGACCCUGUCAGGGGCAGUUCUUAAUAGGACGCCUGCCAGAGUUAAGCUGACAGGCAAUAAUACACUGCAGUAUUGAAGUGUUUUUAUACAUGCAAUCACAUGUUCAACUCCAAUAAAUAUAUUAUUUUUAAAAAUGCA